CUGCGGCCUCCCCCGGGAAGGCCCCGACAGGGGGCGGGAGGCUGGCGGAUAAAAAGCCCCCAGGGCGCCCCGAGAGGCCGGUUAGCGCUGCUCGGCGGGCCGCGCCUGGCCCAGCCCCUACCUCUGGAUCCAACCGGUGCUCCUGAGGUCAUCAUGAUGUGGCCCCCACCAGCCACCUUCUCUCUGUUCCUGCUUCUGCAGCUAGGCCAAGUUCCUUCCAGCAGGCCACAGUCAUCAAACUCCAAGAAACUCAGGCUGGUGGGUCCAGCGAACAGGCCAGAGGAGGGUCGCCUGGAGGUGCUAUACCAGGGCCAGUGGGGCACUGUGUGUGAUGAUGACUUCGCUCUCCAGGAGGCUACAGUGGCCUGCCGACAGCUAGGCUUUGAGUCAGCCUUGACCUGGGCACACAGUGCCAAGUAUGGUCAAGGGGAGGGCCCCAUCUGGCUGGACAACGUGCGUUGUCUGGGCACCGAGACCAGCCUGGACCAGUGUGGUUCUAAUGGCUGGGGUGUCAGUGACUGCAGACACUCAGAAGAUGUUGGGGUGGUAUGCCACCCACAGCGCCAGCGUGGAUACCACUCUGAGAAGGUCUCCAAUGCCCUUGGGCCCCAGGGCCGGCGGCUGGAAGAGGUGCGACUCAAACCCAUCCUCGCCAGUGCCAAACGGCACAGCCCAGUGACCGAGGGGGCCGUGGAGGUACGGUACGAGGGCCACUGGAGGCAGGUGUGUGACCAUGGCUGGACCAUGAACAACAGCAGGGUUGUGUGCGGGAUGCUGGGCUUUCCCAGCCAGGUUCCUGUCAACAACCACUACUACAGAAAAGUCUGGAAUCUGAAGAUGAAGGAUCCCAAGUCUAGGCUGAACAGCCUGACCAAAAAGAAUUCCUUCUGGAUUCACCGGGUUGACUGUCUGGGGACCGAACCCCACUUGGCCAAGUGCCAGGUACAGGUGGCUCCAGGAAGGGGCAAGCUGCGGCCAGCCUGUCCAGGUGGCAUGCACGCUGUGGUCAGUUGUGUGGCAGGGCCCUACUUCCACCCACAGAAGCCAAAGCCCAGACGCAAGGAGUCCCGUGCAGAGCAGGAGCUGAAGGUGCGCCUGCGUUCUGGGGCUCAGGUGGGUGAGGGCCGUGUGGAAGUGCUCAUGAACCGCCAGUGGGGCACAGUGUGUGACCACAGGUGGAACCUCAUCUCGGCCAGCGUUGUGUGUCGCCAGCUUGGUUUUGGCUCUGCCCGGGAGGCCCUUUUUGGGGCCCAGCUGGGCCAAGGGUUAGGGCCCAUCCACCUGAGUGAGGUGCGCUGCAGGGGGUAUGAGCGGACCCUCAGUGACUGCCUUGCCUUGGAAGGGUCCCAGACUGGUUGUCAACAUGCAAACGAUGCCGCGGUCAGGUGCAACAUCCCUGACAUGGGCUUCCAGAACCAGGUGCGCCUGGCUGGUGGGCGCAACUCCGAAGAGGGAGUGGUGGAGGUGCAGGUGGAGGUGAAUGGGGUCCCACGCUGGGGGACUGUAUGCAGUGACCACUGGGGGCUCACCGAAGCCAUGGUGACCUGCCGACAACUUGGUCUGGGAUUUGCCAACUUUGCCAUCAAGGACACCUGGUAUUGGCAGGGGACACCGGAGGCCAAAGAAGUGGUGCUGAGUGGGGUUCGCUGCUCAGGCACAGAGCUGGCCCUUCAGCAGUGUCAGAGGCAUGGGCCUGUGCACUGCUCCCACGGCUCAGGCCGCUUCUCAGCUGGGGUGGCCUGCAUGAACAGUGCUCCAGACCUUGUGAUGAAUGCCCAGCUGGUACAAGAGACGGCCUACUUGGAGGAUCGUCCACUCAGCAUGCUGUACUGUGCCCAUGAGGAGAACUGCCUCUCGAAGUCCGCGGACCACAUGGACUGGCCCUACGGACACCGGCGCUUGCUGCGCUUCUCCUCACAGAUCUACAACCUUGGUCGGGCCGACUUCCGUCCCAAGGCUGGACGUCACAGCUGGAUUUGGCACCAGUGCCACAUGCACUACCACAGCAUCGAAGUCUUCACCCAUUACGACCUGCUCACGCUCAACGGCUCCAAAGUGGCCGAGGGGCACAAGGCCAGCUUCUGUCUAGAAGACACAAACUGUCCCUCAGGAGUGCAGCGGCGCUACGCGUGUGCCAACUUUGGGGAACAGGGGGUGACUGUAGGCUGCUGGGACACCUACCGGCAUGACAUCGAUUGCCAGUGGGUGGACAUCACAGAUGUGAGUCCAGGGGACUAUAUCUUCCAGGUGGUUGUGAACCCCACAAACGAUGUGGCGGAGUCGGAUUUCUCCAACAACAUGAUGCGCUGCCGCUGCAAGUACGAUGGGCAGCGAGUCUGGCUGCACAACUGCCAUACAGGAGACUCCUACCGACCCAAUGCAGAGCUCUCCAUGGAGCAGGAACAGCGACUCAGAAACAACCUGAUCUGAAGCCAUUUUUGCACUCCCACCUCUGCUCACACACCAGAUACCUCAGCUUAUUGGAGCCAUGCCCUUCACAGAGCCCCGACUCACAGGACAAAGGGCUAGUGACAAGGAGCACAGAGAACCUGCUCAGGAAGCCUUCCACCAGCCAGAUCGUCACCCAGAGGAGGCAGCACUCUCAGGAUGGCUCUGAGCCUCUCCAGAGUGCAUAUGGCCUAUACAACAUGGUCUAGAGGCUCUGGCCAGCUAACCCUUCUCUUCCCUAAGGAGCCUCAAUCUUUCUCAAAACUUGAUGCGCAGUUCCCAGUUGCAGGAGCUCUAAGUUCCUGAGGGAUGAACUGUGACCAAGGCCCCUAACUAAGUGGUGCUUUGCAAAUGUCUUGGAGGUGCAGAGGAUGGAGGGACCGAAGAACAAAAGAAGUGGAGUCAGUUCUCUCUGCUAUAAGCUACGUGCAAAAUAAGUGUCAAAGUCUCACACGGAGAGAAGUUGGCGAAUGCAGCCCCUCACCAUAUCCUUGCUUAGAACUCCUAUCUCACACUCUGAGGCCUCUCCUUAGC